GGAAACUUCCAAGCAUCCUGCUGCGUUUGGCGUAGGCGAGUGAACAUUUUUUUUCUUUCCAUUUUCAAAACAUAAAGCGGGAUUAUCAUGAAUUUGUGGACCGUUCUCGCCGUUUGCGGAAUGAUGAGUAGCGCCCUAUUAGUGGAGGCCAAACCGAAAACCUUCCGCAAACUCAUAUCGAGCAAGGCAGCCGGCUCCUGCGUAGGUCGAUGUGGCCAAUCCGGAACCGACUCAACUCAGCCGUGCCAAUGUAACCUGUCAUGCCAAACGUACGCGGACUGUUGCGAUGACUUUCUUGCUACAUGUAACACUUGCAAUGGACGCUGCUCUGCUAACUAUAAUAACAAGUGGCCUUGCCAAUGCAAUGUCGAAUGCCCAUCCUAUGACAAUUGCUGCGCAGAUUAUGAUGCUUUAUGCCUAGGAGUCACAACAACCGUGCAAACCACCACAACGACCACCACUACAAUUGCAACAACCACAGCAAGUAGCUUCACUUGCCCCAAUGAUAUGUUCGGCAAAUAUCCUAACCCAGAUGACUGCCAUUCAUUCUACGAAUGCGUUGCUGGGGAGGCAUAUCUCAUGAAUUGUCCACCUGGUCUCUACUAUAAUCCGGAUUUACAAGUCUGUGAUUACCUUGAUAAUGUCCCUUCGUGUCAAUGAGAAAAUCACCGAUAGAUUGGUAGCGACCGGAAAGAAAUGAGACGGGUCUCCACUGUUUUGAAAUGAUGUAGUUUGCAGCUUCAUCAUAUAUGUUUAAGAAUGCCAAAUUUUUUUUUUGGUGUCCUUGCUCGUUAAUUUACAACUUGUGAGUAAAAAUACUUUGAACUGAUUAGUAAUAAACCCAUAUUAUUUGAUA